AUAAGUGCAGUUUAGAUAAAGUUAUGACGAUUUAUCCAUUUCUUGAUAAAACUAAAAUAAAAAAAUAUUUGAUAUUACCGCGUAUUCCCGCUGAAUGGAUAUUUCCAUAUUGGGAAAAUCCCGCAACUAAGGCCACCUUUACUAUUCAAAUUAACCAUGACUACAUUGAUGAAACAGUUCUCUCACAUAUGCCUGGUGAUCGAAUUUUUGAAAGAAAUAAGUUCUAUACUUCAUACUACACUUCAUUUCCUAGUACAUCUGUAAUGUCCACUCAAUUGGUAGCAAUAGCAGUUCUACCUUAUGAAAGUGUCAUUUUAGUGUUAAGUACAAUUUCUGUAAAAAGCAGAUUACAAGUAAUAAAUGACACUACAUACGCACGAUCUCGAGUUAAUGACAUCACGAAGUUUAUCAGAAACAAAUGGAAGGAUAUCAUAGGAACACCAUAUGUGCAGUAUGUAAUACUUCCAGUGAACUCUAGCUAUUAUGAAACUGUAGUAACUACUGGACUUGUUUUUUUUAAAGACGCUGAUAUUGCAUACAAUAAAGAAAUUGAUUCGUUUAGAAGAAAAACAGAAGUAACAUGUUUGGUUGCACGCAGUGUGAUACAAGAAGCAUUCAGUAAUUGGUUAAUUACACUUAAACAGUCUGAUUCUUGGUUUAUCGAAGGAUUUUUUACAUUUUACGGAGUUUAUGUAGUCGAUCAGAUUUACAGUGAGACUUUACUGAUGUCGAUUGUGGUACAGACACGACGAAUGGUUUUUGACUAUACACAAGCUUUUAUUGAAUAUGAUUUACCACUACAAAAAAAUCGACUUUUACACAACGUAACUUUUAGUAAAAUGUGGAGAGAAAAAAUAUUCACUAUUUUCUAUAUGAUUAAUAGCUUAUUCCGUAAUCCAGAUGUACUAUACAACUUUAUUUUUGAUAACGCGAUAAAGUUAUAUAACACUAGUACAUCCAGUGAGACAUAUAAUCUUCAGUCUAUUCUCGAGAAUGUAUGGAGCGAUUUAAUGUUUGUGCCGGCCAUAAUUGAAAACAUCCGAUUAAAGAAUGAAGAUAUAAAAAAUGUGAUAACUACAUGGAUAGAACAAACUGGCUAUCCCCUGGUACAAGUAAACCGGGACAAUGAUACACAAUCUCUAGAAAUUAUAGUUCAAGAUUGUGUUGCAGUUAAACAAAAGGAUCUGUGUGCAUAUAAAUGGUGGAUACCUGUAACCUAUGUACCAAUAGCAAAAAAUGUGUCUAUUACUAAUCAUUAUAAAUAUAUAGAACCAAACGGAAUAAGUAACUUUGUUCCGUAUAUUAAGGAAGAUGAUUUUAUCAUAAUCACAGGGCACAAUGGAUAUCGCGUCAACUAUGAUCGUAAAUCUUGGGAAAAUAUUGCCCUCUUUUUGAAAAGUAAAAAGUCUAAGACUUCGGAAGCGUAUAAAUUAUCUGACGUCUCUUUAGCACAAAUUCUCGACGAUGCUUUUUAUUUUUUAAUACAAAAUACAAAGUAUAACGUAUAUGCUGCAAAAAGGAAUAACAUAGACAUUUUUUUCAAUCUUGCAAGCAAUGUAGUUCGCAGAAAGAAUUCGUACAUAGUGUGGCAUUCCAUAUUUACAACUCUUCAAUACAUAUCAAAGAUUUUUCCAUUACCGAAAAGGUCAAAGAUCAAGACUAAAGUUGUAAAACUAUUGAAUAUUUUUCUGAAAAAUAUAUUACAUAAAAAUGUUUCCGAGAAUACUGUCAGUAAUCAAGUAUAUCACGAAGUUUUAAAAUGGACAUGCAUUCUUGGUGGCUUACGGUGCAAAGAACAUAUUAAUGCUAUAUUACAGUGGCAUUUAGAAAAUCCUGUACAAUACAGACUGUUGCCAAAUUGGCAGAACUGGAUGUAUUGCCAAGGAUUGAUGUUAAAACUUAUAACUGAUAAGAUGUUGUGGCAUAAAAUACAGGACAUUUACUUGUCACAAGAGAAACACCAACACUUCUUUCAUCUUUUCUCUUGUUCUGGACUGAAUCAGAGUGUGGAAUCUUUUGGUUUUGCACUAAAACAUAAUUUACUAAAAGAAAGUGAUUCCGUUACCAUAUUUUUUGAUAUUAUUGCAAGACAUGUAGAAGAUUGUUGUUUACCGAAUAGUAUAAUAAGCAAAACACAAGAUAAAUAUUCAAGUAUGUAUGCAUCAUUUGAAAGAAACAUAAGCAUACUUGCAGUUAUGAGUUUUCGUAUUAAUCACAUAUAUUCAGAUGAAGGUCUUGAAAAGGUAACGUUGUGUGAACAUAAUCGGUUACUUGUACUAUAA